AUGUCAUUGACUAAACAUUUUUCAAUUUUGUAGACAUGGUUUUUUGGUUUUUGAGCAUUCGUUGUGAUGAAAAAGGACGCACAUUGGAAAUGGUCUUAUGUGGAUGAAUUUUGUAUAUAUAGGUAUUUAGAAGUAACCAAGAGGAAAACGUGACAAAAUUUUUAGGUAAAAAAAUUAACUGUAUUGCCAGAAUCCGCUAAUCUCUUGAACUUAGUGCCAUAUACAUUCUCGUACAGUUAUCGUAGCGUGCUUCUAAUGAGGUACCUCAUACCAAACUCAAUGCGAAGUAUUGCUAAUGUUGGUAGAGGAUAAGGUAAAGAGGUCUCUCUUCUUCCCAUCAUACCCCACGGAUAUUCAUUUGACGAAUGGUGCCAAGAGAUGAUGAUGAUUUGGUUGUUAUUGAGGUACCAUGCUUUAGCUCUACUCUAUCGAUUGCAGCUCUUUGCAUACAUCUCUGUGAUGCUCGGUUAGUAAUUGCUUACUUCUCAACUUAAGCACAUAAUGACAUUGUAAUUGUUUAGAGAUGGAAGAUGUAAAACUUACCUUUGUGAAGGGUGCAUGUCUGUAACCACCGAAAAAAUCCAAACGAUAGAGAUAUACAUUUCAGAGCUUUCUUCCAAACCUUGUUCGUUCAUUCUACAAAAAUGUAAAGGAAUUUCUUAGUGUUUGGGAAUCCAGUUCAUAUAAUUUCCUGGCAACGUUUGACUACAUAUCUGCAGUACUGAUGUUUUAUUUCUGGAAAAUUCAAAAAUGCAAUACCAUCACAUUUAGUGAUCAUGAAAGGCUAUCA